AGUUCCCUUUGGGAGGUACAGCACCAUCAUCAUCAUCAACAUGGCCGCCGCAGACCAAGAAACGCACGCCAGCUCAGUUCGUCCUCGUUCCUACCAAGACGAGAGCUAUCAGCACGGGUUUCUUGGAGCUGUGGGUGACUUACAGAAGGAAGGGGAACUACAGGAUGUCGUCCUUGAAGUCGAGGGCCGGCGGUUUCCCUGCCAUCGGCUUGUUCUGUCCGCGGCCAUCCCCUACUUCCGAGUCAUGUUUACAAGCGACAUGGCGGAAAGUCGGCAGAACACGGUCGUUUUACAGGGUCUGGAUGCAGACAUGUUUGCGGAGAUCCUGAGUUACAUCUACUCGGGAACCCUCCACGUGUCCCUGGACAGAGUGCAGCACCUGUACCAGGCAGCCGACCUCCUGCAGCUGGACUAUGUGAGAGACACCUGCAGCAGCUACAUGGCCAUGAACGUGGAGCGCUCCACCUGUGUGGACAUGUACAAGUUUGCUGAUGUCUUCAGCAUGAAUGUUGUUCUGAACUCAUGUCUACAGUAUAUAUGUCAGCAUUUUGUGGAGGUUUCCUCCAGUGAGGAGUUCUGCAGCCUGAGUGUGGAUCAGCUGACUGAGAUCAUCAGCCAGGAUAAGCUGGAUGUUAAAGAGGAGACAAGAGUGUGGGAGGCUGUGGUGAGAUGGGUGCAGCACAGCAGGGAGGACAGACUCCAGCACCUACCCAGCAUCCUCUCUCACAUCCGCUUCAACCUGCUGACCUCUGACGACACGGCAGCCAUCUUGGAACAUCCCCUGGUCAGGGAGGAUCCUGGGAGUUCUGAGGUCAUCAGGAAUGUGGUACACUCCAACCGGAAGCCAAGGCAUGGGAUGACAACGGAAAUGGUUCUAUUAUGUGAUGAUGAGAACAGUAAAAAGAUGCUGUGGAUGAACCCAGGAGAGGGGAAGUACAUCAGGUGUGACUACGACCUAGCAGUAUAUCCAUACAGGGGUGUGGUUACUUGUGAUAAUGAGAUCUAUGUGUUAGCUGCAGAUUCACACAUCCAUCUGUGUAAAUACAACCAUGCUGAAGACAAAUGGGAACAAAAGUCGACCGUGUCCGAAGGACCUAGAGAACUAAGAGUUGGAAUUCCAAAUGACUACCUUAUGGAAAUCGAAGGACAUGAUCUUUUUUACCUUAUGGUGUAUCCAUUUGAUCGAGUGGUGGUAUUUAAGAAAUACAACCAACACACAAAUGAGUGGCACAACUGUUCAACACCUCAACCUAGUGAUUCGCAGUUUGCCUUCAUCUUUGCAUUGUCCUGCAAUCAGCGCAUCUACCUCUUCGAACGUACAGAAAUGCAUUGGUAUGACCCAGUGGAAGACCGGUGGACUAGGAAAGCCCUUUCAGACUACGGCCCUGAAGUAGAACUUGACGCCGGUUCAGCAGUUGCCAUGGGGACAGAGAUUUUCUGGAUGAAUCCGGAGUACUGCGACAAGAUGUUGGUGUACGACACAGAAGCAGACAGCUGGUCUGAGCAUCCAAACCCAGGGCUUGAGGAGCACGAUAGUCCAAACAUUGUAGAUGGGGCUUUCUUCGUACUCCAAAACACGCUGCAUGCAAUGCUCGAUUAUGCAAAUGAUGACUACUUAGACAUAGACAUGCCAAGGCAACAGGUGUUCGUGUAUGACAGGCAUGAAGGUGUGUGGAGUGUGUCGUGUGGACUGCCUUUUGAUCGGGAGUGUGUGUACAAUGAUAUGAACGCCGUGGCUCGUAUGUACCUACCAUAUCUGAUGAACACCAGCCAUGCAGACACACGGGAUGCAGAAAACCCAGAGGGACCAAGUGAAUAGUUUUGGUAGUGCACAACCCAUCAAAGAAAGUGUGGGAACAUGCUAGAAUGCCAUCAUUGAGACUUUUAUGACUUCUUUGAGUUGGUUUUAUAAUUCAUUUCCAUGAAUUAGAGAAUAGGCACUGUGUUCAGGAGUGAAAAGUAGUCUCUCCA